AGGCUGCAAUGGCUCUUUCUCCUGAACCGAGGCAGAGGACGCCGGAGUUCUCCCUGAACCCCCAGACUUUGAAGGAAUUCAAAGUGAACCUGACUCUGGAUCCGGACACAGCAGGUCCUGAACUCAUCCUCUCUGAGGACCUGAAAGGUGCCAGAUGGGGAAAACCAAGUCAGAAGAUGCCUGACCAUCCGGAGAGAUUUGACACUGAUCCCUGUGUGCUGGGCUGUGAGGGAUUCACCUCGGGGAGACACUACUGGGAGGUGGAGGUGGAUGGGAUGUUCUGGACUGUGGGUGUGGCCAGAGAGUCUAUGAGGAGGAAGGGACAUAUCGUCUUUCGACCCAACACGGGAGUCUUAGGUUUGCAGAAAUAUCAUCACCUCUGCGUGGCGCUCACCAGCCCUUCCAACACUUAUGUGCCCCUCAAAAAUAACAACAAUGAGAUCGGCAUCUAUCUGGACUAUGAACUGGGGCAAGUGUCAUUUUAUGACCUCUGCAACGAGGAGCUGCUCUUCGCUUUCCCACCGGACUCUUUCAAUGGGGAGAGAGUUUUCCCUUACUUUUGCGUAUUUUUGUCCCACAUAAAACUGUCCCCCAGAGGGUGAUGCAUGGCUGUGAUCCCCAGAAACUUCAGAGACUGCUAUAUUCAGAUGGGCUGGACGACAUGGGCCAAUAGUAUAUUGACAGGCCUAUGUAUUAAUAUGUGUAUUACAGGCAAUUGUAUGUUCCCGGCUCAUUGGGUGGAUUUUCUGGGGAAUCUGGGAAGAUCAAUGCAAAUUCCUAUGGUUGAUUACUCAGAUUCUCAGCCUUUAAGGCUUCGACCCCUGGGGACAGGGGCACCAGUUGAUUUUACCUGCUUCAGGAGCUUGGGAACAAAUUUUGGGGUCUAAAGGGUAAGUUUAAACAGACUCUCAUUUUGAGCCAACAAACUGACAUGAACUUUUAAUCGAUAGGUCAAACCUUGUGAAGGAGUGGAAGGACUAGAACCUGCCAGGGUCUCCAUAGGGCUGAUGGGGGACCUCUGGGAAGCAGAAGUCUGCCUUUCCAUUUGUUAUUGUUUUAUUGAUCUUUUUUCUCUGUAAGGCUUUUGCCUUGAAAUAAAUGCUCUGUGCAAACUACCUAAUCCCUGGUGCCCUGCUGUUAGCCCUUGGCAGAGAGAGCGCAAAACUGUGGUGCUGAGAUAGGUCAGACGCCGAUCUUUUCUCUGCCCUGCAAUGGUGCGAUGUAAAGGGAAAACACACACGAAACAUUGGUGAGAUGUGAAAGAUCUGAAUAAAAUAUGCCCAGCGUCCAUCACAUCACAAGCUUUUCCAGGUGGGGAAUUGUUUGUUUGGGAUUUGUUUGUUUGGGAUUUGUUUUUUCAAAAUAUUUAUUGCAUUUCUUUGUGUAAUUGACUUUUCCCUGUUACUCAGUAUCUGGUAGGAAGAGCCUUGAUUUCGCAAUAAAUAUGUGUUCCAAUUUUU